UUCAACUUCAAUUGGAGUAGGGACGUCCCAUGGUUUCCGGUUAGCACGGACCCCAUCAGUUUAUUGAGCAAUAUCUACCUCAACCUCAACGCUCGUGGUCUGACAGUGCAGUGACUGAGGAAUAGUUCCAACUUCCUCGAACUUGUUGGUUUAGUUUCGUUUCCUUCGUAUAACGCAGCUGCUGAUCGACACAUUUCUCCAUUUUGCUGGAGUCAUUUGUCUGGCUAGCCUACAUCUCCGGGAUAAAAAGUUCUGAGUCAGACACGUUGUAGGCUAUUAUAUUGGUUUGGAAGUCGAAUAAUAGAAUCAGUCAAAAUGAAGAAGGUAAUUCUGUUCGUGUUUACACUCUGCGCUAUUGUCUCAGCGCUGGCAUCUGCUCAAGAGGAUACCAAAAGAUCCAAACCGUCUGCAACUGUCUUCCCCCCCUCUGAGUUUGGCCCCACGACCAACACUGCCACUACCACAACUACGACUGCAUUACCCACCACAGAAUCCCAGAAUAAUACCAGCACAGCAGCUCCUACUACAACACUUACAUCCACCACGACUGCAUCCAACAGCACCACAGCUGCCCCCACAACAGCCAAUGCCACCACAGCUGCCCCCACAACAACAAAUGCCACCACAGCUGCCCCCACAACAACAAAUGCCACCACAGCUGCCCCCACAACAGCCAAUGCCACCACAGCUGCCCCCACAACAACAAAUGCCACCACAGCUGCCCCCACAACAGCCAAUGCCACCACAGCUGCCCCCACAACAGCCAAUGCCACCACACAUGCUCCCACCACUACUGCCCCUCCAAAACCGCAGCCCACCCCUCCUGCUAACCUGACCGUGGGAAAAUACAUUCUCAAGUCGGAGAAGGGUCUGUGUGUGAUGGCCCAGCUGGCCCUGCAGAUCAGAGUGGAAGACACUGGAAAGACAGGAGUAUUCAUCGUUCAACCAUUGAAGACAAGUGUUGCAGGGGGUUGUGAGAAAUCCACGGCCAACUUAACCCUCACGUUCAAGGAGGGCUUCAUCACCUUCAUGUUUAAUAAGAACACCAGCCAAAACGCUGUCUAUGUCGAUGCGGUUUCUUUCUCUCUUUCCUACCCGGUAACAUCUGGAGACAACGGCAACAUGUCUCCACCCUUCGUCGAAAACGGGUCACUGGAUCUCUUCCUCGCUAAGGUUGGCCACUCCUACUCCUGCAAGAGCGAAUCAGUUUUCAUGGGAAAAGGGCUCUAUCUGGACAUCACCCAGGACAGAAUACAGGCCUUCAACAUCACCAAGGAGUGGGACUUUGGCACAUCUGACCCCUGCCCCGCAGACAGACCUGCUGACUACCGCGUGGCCAUUGCUGUGGGGAUUGUCCUCCUUAUCCUCAUCAUCAUCGUGGUGGUGGCCUAUCUCCUGAGCAGGCGAAAAAGAUCAGAUGGCUACCAGUCCCUCUGAAGAGCCACUCAGGGGUCAAAGGGCGCACUGUAUCAGCUCACAGUCUCAAUACACCCACCAUCGUGUUUUUGUCACUUGCUGUUAACUGUUAACACUGCUGUAACCCCAACUGUUCACACAUCAACUAAUUGUACCGCUCACACACAAACUAACUAACUGUACCACACACACACAAACUAUCUAACUGUACCGCUCACACACAAACUAUAUAUAUGGAUAAGAUGAGGGAAUAUUUCAGCGUUGUAGACCGGCAGUUUCAUUUUAGUUGAUUUGUACAUUCAUUAAUUGAGGUGGAUCAAAUGUAUUGGAUCAGAUACUAGGAUUAAAAUAUACUGACUUUGAAUAUA